CGACUAAUUGUCAGAGUCGUCUGCCCCCACUCUCCCUCUCUCAUUCUCUCUCUCCAAGAGGCCAAGACACCAUCAUUCUCAUCAUAUAAAUUAUACUGUAGUACUUAAAAGAAUGCAAGACUUGGGAAUCAACUAGACAUGGCCUCUUCAACAUUCCAAAGUCAUGAAUCUAAAGCUUCAUUUUUCUCUCUCUUCUUAUGUAUAUUUAUUUUUCUUGGUUCCUUUGUUACAACCUUUAAUGCCUUGGAAUCAGAUAGGAUAAUAAAUCUACCAGGCCAACCAUUAAGUCCACCGAUCUCACAUUUCUCAGGCUACAUCACAGUCAAUCAAGCUCAUGGGAGGGCCCUUUUCUAUUGGUUCUUUGAAGCUCAAUCUCAACCGUCCAACAUGCCCCUACUCCUCUGGCUCAAUGGAGGGCCUGGAUGUUCAUCAAUUGGGUAUGGUGCAGCUGUGGAGUUGGGUCCUCUUAGAGUCAACAAAAAUGGAGUUGGGCUUGACUUCAAUAAAAACUCUUGGAAUAAAGAAGCCAAUUUGCUAUUUGUGGAAUCUCCUGUUGGAGUUGGGUUCUCCUACACCAACACAUCCUCUGAUCUCACAGAAUUGGAUGAUGGGUUUGUGGCUGAGGAUGCCUACAAUUUUCUGGUGAAUUGGCUGAAAAGAUUCCCACAGUUCAAAACCCAUGAUUUCUUCAUAUCAGGAGAGAGUUAUGCUGGCCACUAUGUGCCUCAACUAGCAGAGCUUGUGUAUGAUAGAAACAAGGACAGAGCUAAAUAUCCAUACAUUAACCUCAAAGGCUUCAUAGUAGGAAAUCCAGAGACAGAUGAUUACUAUGAUUAUAAAGGUAUACUAGAGUAUGCAUGGAGUCAUUCAGUAAUUCCAAAUGAGGACUAUGAUAGAGCCAAAAAAGUAUGCAAUUUCAAGGUGGAAGAUUGGUCUAAUGAAUGUAUAGUUUCCAUGAAUGGAGUCUUUAAAAAAUACGAGGAGAUUGACAUAUACAAUAUAUAUGCUCCCAAAUGUAUACUCAACACCACUUCUUCAUCAGCUCAAAGCAGUGGGAGUUUUGUAUCUUCCACUAAGGUAGGAAGUAGUGUUUUGAAGAGGGUGAGAAUCCCUGGGGGUUAUGAGCCAUGUUUCUCUGCAUAUGCAGAAAAGUACUUCAAUAAGGUAGAUGUUCAAACGUCUCUCCAUGCAAAUACUAGAGGAGCAAAUUCUUCUGUAGAAUGGAAGGUCUGCAAUGAUUCCCUACUCUACAAAUUUACUGUAUUUUCUGUCCUACCAAUCUACACCAAACUUAUCAAAGGUGGCCUCAGAAUUUGGAUAUACAGUGGGGACACUGAUGGCAGAGUGCCCGUGAUAGGGUCACGAUACUGCAUUGAAGCUCUUGGACUGCCUCUCAAAACUCCAUGGCAUUCGUGGUACCACAACCAUCAGGUGGGAGGGAGGACAGUGGAGUAUGAAGGACUGAGGUAUGUGACAGUGAGAGGGGCUGGUCACUUGGUACCUUUCAACAAGCCCAGUGAGGCUCUCUCUAUCAUCCAUUCUUUUUUGUCUGGCCAAGAUCUCCCCAAGGACAGAUGAUAAUUUCCAUUAAUGCCACUAUUACAUCAUUUAACCAUUAUAUGCCACCAAAUGGAAUAAUGUAAUUGGAGCCAAAUUAUUAUUAAGAUGAUAAUUUCCAUUAAUGCCACUAUUCAUCAUUUAACCAUUAUAUGCCACCAAAUGGAAUAAUGUAAUUGGAGCCAAAUUAUUAUUAAGUUAUGUUUGAAAGUAUCGAAUAAGAUGUCUUGGAAUUAAAAUGUUUGUGUUCUCAAAUGCAAUAUUAUUGUUGUUAUUAUUA